AUGUAUGAUUAUCCAGUAAAUUAUCAUAAACAACUACAUGGUCAGUGUAAACAACGAAGUUAUGGGAAUGUUUAUCAUGAUUCAUGUAAAAAUUAUGGAAGUAAUGAGCACAUAAGGAUGUAUUCUGAUGAGCAGAUGCCGUGUAAACAUAGACUCUAUCCAGAUAAAACGUAUAACAUGCAUCAUGGAAAGGCUGAGAAAGAUCAUGUAAAUUAUAUACAAGUAGUUUCUACUCCAGGACAUGGUGGAUAUUGUGGAGAGAAGCAGUUGUACUAUAAUAAUUAUCAAAUUAAGGUUCCAGAGUUUGUCGAUAAGAGUAAUGGUGGAAGAAAGCCAUAUGUUAAUACUAUGAAAGAUUCUUCCUAUUGGAAUAAAAUAUAUCCGUGUUACCCUUAUUCUCGGGAUACAUACAUGAAAUGGAUGUAUAGUGGAGGCACAAAUUCGAUAUGGGGAUUUUCAGAUACGCAUUUACCAUAUAGACGACCUAAUCCAAGACAUUUUGGUUCUGCAGAAUAUUUGAAUAGGAAAGCAGGAUGUAUAGAUCAAAUUGCAUUGCAUAAUAGGGAUGCACCAUGUCAUCGAUACCCUUUGUCUGAGCCAAAUGAUAUAUCAUGGGAAGUUCCUACGAGAAGAAUUCGUAAUAAUAUCAGUAUGCCAAAUAUAGGCUCACAGUUUAAACGGCAGAAUAAUAUGAAUUAUCCAUGCAGGCCACAUAAUGCCAUAGAUCCUCUUUAUCAUAAGGCGAGUUUUAUGAAUCUCCCUGUUCCUACCACAACUAUAAAAGGAUCUAUAUAUGGUGUAGAAUCAGCUAAUAGGAGGUUAAAUGAUGAUUCUGUUUCUUUGUUUUGUGAUGAUUCAUUUUCUUCUUCUUGCUAUGAAGGUAGAGAUAUUGAGAGUCCACGAGUAAUAUUAUCUAGAAAUAUUAACAGUAUAAAUCAAUUGGCUCCUCAUUCUGUUACAGAAAAUUUAUAUAUAUCAAAUGACAUAGAAGUUAUUGAUACAAAAAAUAGUAAAUCGCCGCAUGAUUCUGAAAAAAAGAUUCAAGAAAUGCAUAAAAACCAUAAAAAUGAAAAUUCAAAUGGUAAUUCUACAAGUAGUUAUAAAAAAAAGCAAAAAAAAUCUAAAAGUAGUUUUGAUGGUCUAAGUAGUAUUUAUAAAUAUGGUAUUGAUAAAGAAAAUAUCUUAAAAUAUAAAGAAAAAAUUAAAAAAUCAUUUUCAUCUUCUAAUGAAAGUUUACUACAUAAAAAAAGUUUCCAAAAUGGUAUGCAACCUAAUACAGCAAAUGCACAGAAAACUUUACACGAAAAAAAUGAUGACAUAAAUUGGCCAUUAAAUACUUUUAAUGAAAAUACGUUUCAGAACCAUAUGCCAAAAAAUAAUCAAAAAUUAACGCGUUCUAAUAUUGAAUUGAGUAGUUUACAAGCACAUGAUGCUGCUGUUAUAAAUAAUGGAAAAUCCAAUAAUGAGCAAAAAUUUAAAUUAUUUUCAUUAUCACAUGAAAAGUUAGGAAUUAACGGAUUGGAUAAUGAUAAAAAUGAUAUAAAUACUGGGACCCAUAAAUUAAAUAAAAAAAAGGCUUCUGGUUAUAUAAAUGAUUUAAAACAAGAAACACUUCCUAUUUUUUCACAGUUUUCUUCAAUUACUAAUGCAGGUUUUCAAAAAAAUAAUAAACCUGCAAAUAUAUUGCAUGAAUCUAAUUAUGAAUCUAAAACUUCGAGUCAAGCACUGAAUAAAGAUAUUGAUAAAAAAAUAACUUUUUCGGAUUUGAAAGGUUUACAAGACCAAGUAUAUUGUGCUAAUGAUCCUCAAACUCAAUUAAAAUAUGCUAAAAAAUUGAUUCAAGUUGCAUCUGAUCUUUCUAAUGAUAACAUGAAAGAUACUAAGUUUGUUAAGAAAAAUAAAGAAAAAUAUUUGUCUGAUGCUUAUUCUAUUAUAAAAGGAUUAGUGAAUUCGAGCUCCCCUUAUCCUGAAGCUAUGUUUUUUCUUGCUAAUUGUUAUGGAGAUGGUACUUUUGGAUUACCUAUUGAUCAUAAACAAGCAUAUACGUUAUAUUAUUCAGCAUCUAAAUAUAAGCAUUCUCAGAGUAUUUAUAGAACAGCUGUUUGUUUAGAAAUUGGAAUGGGAGUUAAGAAAAACCAAGAAAAGGCUGUUCAAUAUUAUCAAAAGGCAGCAUCUCUUGGUAAUGUUAAAGCUAUGUAUAAGAUUGGCAUAAUAUUGUUAAAUGGUUUACUUAAACAAACUAAAAAUCCUAAGAAAGCUAUUUUUUGGUUAAAAAAAGCUUCUGAACUUGCUGAUGAGGAAAAUCCACAUGCACUUCACGAAUUGGCUAUUUUAUAUGAAAAAGAUAAUGAAGGCAUUUGCAUUGUUACUCGAGAUGAAAAACACUCUUUUGAAUUGUAUACUAAGGCUGCUCAUUUGAUGUAUCCUCCAUCACAGGUUCGAUUAGCAUAUGCGUAUGAACAUGGUGUUUUAGGGUGCGAUGUUGACCCAAAAAAAAGUAUAACAUGGUAUUCGCGUGCUGCAGAAAAAGGGAAUCCAGAUGCUGAAUUGGGUUUAAGUGGAUGGUAUUUAACUGGAGCAGAAGGUGUUUUAGAACAAUCUGAUAGAGAAGCAUAUCUUUGGGCUAAGAAAGCUGCUGAGAAAGGUUUAACAAAAGCUGAAUAUGCUGUUGGUUAUUAUCUUGAGGCUGGAAUUGGCGUAAAAAGUAAUCGUACAGAAGCUAAAAUGUGGUACAAACGAGCAGCCAGAAAAGGGCUUGUUAGAGCAAUAGAAAGGCUUUACGAGCUAAAAAAGCUUGGUUCUAAUUCAAAAAUACCAGAUAAAAUUUAUAAUCGUUGGCAAUUAACAAGAAUGUUUGAUUGCAGUAUAUUAUGA